CAACCAGAAGCGCCCCAAACGAUCGAAAACGCUCGUGAAUCAGCAUCAUUUACGAAGACGAACAGGAGUUUGAAAAUGUUUCGUAAUCAGUAUGAUAAUGAUGUUACUGUGUGGAGUCCUCAGGGACGUCUUCAUCAAGUUGAAUAUGCUAUGGAAGCAGUGAAACAAGGAUCAGCUACUGUAGCAUUAAAAAAUAACACCCAUGCUGUUUUAGUUGCAUUAAAAAGAGCAACAUCAGAACUAUCAGCACAUCAAAAGAAAAUUAUUUCUAUUGACACUCAUGUUGGUGUAUCUAUCGCAGGCCUCACUGCUGAUGCAAGAAUAUUAAGCAAGUUCAUGCGUAUGGAAUGUCUUAAUAAUCGCCUAAGUCAUGAUAUUCCACUUCCAAUUAAUAGGCUUGUAUCAAGAUUAGGAAAUAAAAUGCAGAUAUCAACACAACGUUAUGAUCGUAGGCCAUUUGGAGUUGGCUUACUUGUUGCUGGUUAUGAUGAAAUGGGUCCUCAUGUAUAUCAUACUUGUCCAUCUGCUAAUUAUUUUGACUGUAAAGCAAUGGCUAUAGGAGCUCGUUCUCAGUCUGCUCGUACUUAUUUAGAAAGACAUCUUGAUUCCUUUAAAACAAGUAGUUUAGAAGAAUUAAUUAAACACGGUUUGAGAGCAUUACGAGAAUGCCUCCCAAAUGAAGUUGAUCUUUCUACCAAAAACGUGUCCAUUGCCGUUGUUGGAAAAGGAAUGGAUUUUCAAAUUUAUGAAGAUGAAGAAGUCGGUCCUUAUUUAUCAAGCAUUGCAGGUGAAGAACGUACUCGUCAACCUCAGCCAGAAGCACCAGUCGCAAUGGAAGAAGAAAGACAACCCGAAGCGACUGAAAGUGCGGCCGAACCGGCAGACGACGAGAUGCACACCGACGAAUAAUAAAGUGUAAUAAAUAAAUAUGACUUAUUUUUUUUAAUAAACCAUUUGAUUUUGAAACUUAA